UUUCCGGUUUGCUGAACGCUGUCCUUCCGCUAUCUGGCGGCUCUGCGAAAUGGCGGCGUCCCGGGGCCGGCGGCUGCUGUGGCACGGCCGGCGCUGGUUCUCGCAGACGGAGUCCGCUGCUCCCCCCCCGCCGCCGCCGCCGUCCGACUCCCUCUACCCGCCCAUCGUGGCGUCCGCCACGGCGAAGAGCAAAGCGGCCAAGCGGCGGCGCCUGGAGCACUUCAACCAGCAGGUGCACGCGGCGCCCUCCAUCGAGGAGAAGCUGCGGCUCUACGGGAAGCUGCAGCGGCCCAAGUACAUGGUCUACCCGCAGACUUUCGCCCUCAACGCCGACCGCUGGUACCGGAGCUUCACCAAGACCGUCUUCGUGCCGGGGCUGCCCCCGAGACCAGCGCCGGCAGCUGCGAGAGCCCCGGCAGCGGUGGCGCCGGAGGCCGCGAAAGCCCCGGAGGGCGCGGCACCUCAGGCCGCCAAGGCCCCGGAGCCGGCAACGGCGGCACCAGGGGCUGCGAAAACCCCGGAGGUCGCGGGAGCGGCGCCGUAUCUGGACGUGGGCCAGCUGCGCUCCCUCGCCUGCGACGCCCUCCUGCAGGAGAGCUUCUACCAGAACAAGAAGCGGCCGUUCCUCUACCGCGAUCAGGAUCACACGCCCGGCCCGUUCCUCACGCAGCUCGUCUCCACCCUGGCCGCUUUCCUGUGCGGUCGCAACCCGCUGCUGGCUGCCUCCUCCCUUGAUCUAAAACCUGAAGUUAACUAUUACUGGCAUCAUGGUGAGGAGGUUGUUGUUCAUGGACAUCGAAAGGGUAGAGUCGAUCCUGUGCGAUUUCAGAUAGAUGAUAACCCGCACCUCCAGAUCCGUGUACCAAAGCAACUUCCAGAGUUUGUACCGCUGGAGUCAGAUCUUGGAGAUGUUCCCGUUAUUGAUCACAAACCAUCCAAACUGCCAUUGUUCAAAAAGCAGUAUGAAAACAAGGUAUAUAUAGGAUCAAAAGUGGCAGACCCAUGCUGUUAUGGACAUACCCAGUUUCAUCUUAUUCCUGAUAAACUAAAACGGGAAAGGUUUGUCAGAGCAAAUCUUGAGGAUCAGAUUGAAGUUGUUUAUCGAGCUAAUGGUAUUGCAAGUCUCUUUGCCUGGACAGCAGCACAAGCAAUGUAUCAAGGAUUCUGGAGUGAAGCAGAUGUGACCCGUCCUUUUGUAUCGCAGGCAGUAGUGACUGAUGGAAAAUACUUCGCUUUCUUUUGUUACCAGCUAAAUACUUUAGCAUUAACUGCAGAAACUAUCCAAAAUAACCCUCGGAAGAAUAUCUGUUGGGGUACAGACAGUAAGCCGUUGUAUGAUGUUGUGGAAGAUGGUAGUGUGAAAGGCUUUAAUGAUGAAGUUUUGCUUCAGUUGGUUCGUUUUCUGUUAAACAGGCCAAAAGAGUUGUAAAUCAUUAAGUAAUAAAGUAUUCCUGUUUAUGUGCCUGAACUUCAUUGUAACUCCACAAAGUAUGGGCUAAAAUAUGCCUUGUUUUAGUCAAGUAUUUGUCUAGCAAACACUAUAUACACAUUUUAUGAUAUUUGGGCCUUAUUUCUUUAUUUUAAAUGUAUGAUACUGUACACUGAAAAAUAAAUCUCUAGAAUACCUUAA